AUUGUUUACGUCCGGCCGAGGCACAGAGCAAGGGCGGCGCGUGGCUUAUAAUUCCUUCCAUCACGAGGGUGUCUUGUAUUUUCCGAGGCUGAGAACUGUUGCAAAGGUUAGGGCGGCAGGAGGGACACACGCCGCAUAGUUCAGAAAGGUGUUGUUCCAAGGGUGUGUUGGUUGUGGCAGCUAACUGAUGGUGCUCACCCUGGGGGCGGCAAUGGAGCGAGGGGGAGAGUUGGGGCGCGGUGAGGUGCUCUCCCUACUGGUGCGUUUGGCCUUUGCCACCGCUGCGUCGUACUUCACGGUGAAGCUGCUCGUGUCAGCCAUGGACCCCACCUCAAAGCAGAAGAAGGAUGCAAAGAAAAAGGCCCAAGAAGUGAUGCGCAGGCUUGGGAUCAAAGAGAAGGUCACUUUAAGUGAGUAUGAACUCAUGAUCGCCAGUCAGCUGGUUGAGCCCACUCAGCUGACCACCUCCUGGCGGGAUGUGGCUGGCCUCUCAUCCAUCAUCCAAGAGCUUCGGGAGACCCUCAUCCUCCCCAUCCAGCAGCGCAACCGCCUGCAGAACUCCAAGCUCAUUCAGCCUCCUAAAGGAGUGUUGCUGCAUGGUCCUCCCGGCUGUGGCAAGACCCUGCUGGCGAGGGCGGUGGCCAAGGAGGCGGGUGCACGCUUCAUCAACCUGGAUGUGGCAUCACUCACAGACAAGUGGUACGGAGAGUCCCAGAAGCUCUCCUCAGCUGUCUUCUCGCUGGCCAUGAAGCUGGAGCCAUGCAUUGUUUUUGUCGACGAAAUAGACUCCUUCCUACGGGUGAGGGCCACGGGAGACCACGAGGCCACAGCCAUGAUGAAGGCCCAGUUCCUGCAGCAGUGGGACGGCCUGGCCACCGAUCACGGGCGCUGUGUGGUGGUCAUGGGGGCCACCAACAGACCCCAGGAUGUUGACCGCGCCAUCUUGCGCCGAAUGCCAGCUGCCUUCCACAUACCUUUGCCGGGAGUGGAGCAACGGGAGGAUAUUCUGCGCCUGGUGCUGCGUGAGGAGUCUGUGAGGGAGGACACCAAUAUUGCCAGCCUGGCCAGGCAAACAGAAGGCUUCUCAGGUUCAGAUCUGAUGGAGUUGUGUCGAACUGCUUCCGCUUCACGGCCACACCUCUUAGACUCAGAGCCUGAAGUGGCAAACGCUACAAGUAAUGGGAAACACUCAGACACUGAGUCCUUGAGACCCAUCACGUCAGUGGACUUCAAGCAAGCUCUUGGCAAGAUGAAGGAGUCACGGGUCUACAACAGACAGGCCGAAGCCUUGCUCAAGAUGGACCUAGACUAAGGUCCUGACAAGGGUUCCAGUAGCAUGGUAUGUGAGUGGUGUUUCAUCUAUGUAGCUUUUGAGGAUUCACUCAAUAUAGACAAGUUCUGUCGGUGUUGUUUUAUACCUCAAGACCAAAUACAUAUAUAUGGAUGCAGAUGAGUAUCAUGUAGCUGAUUCUAGACAUUUCUCAAGGAUGUGACAUAGCUGUUCAUGUCAUCUAGUUGUGUUCAUCAUUCAAGAUCAUAUUUCUUGAUGAGAAGUUUUCCAAUCAUUUCCCAUGUGUAGACAGCAUUUAUUAGUGUUAGUCAAUACCUUUAGAUAAAUGAGAAGGAAGACUAAAUAAGCUGAACAUGUGCAGCUCAUCCUACAGUAAGACUUACCUGCUCUCUGAAGGGUCUAAUGCCGUUAUUUUUAAACGUUUUGGCACCUCAGUUCACCUGUUUGAAAAGACUUUCGUAGAAGUUGCUGGGGUUUUCAUUGACUUCCUUGUGAUGCCAGUAAUAGUUUUAUACCCAUGAAGACCUAGUUAAUCUUCUCCAUGACCUUGGGAAACAGCCAUAAUGGGAGCCUGAUACAUUUAAGAAUAUGGGCAUAAGAUGUCAGUCGUUUACUGAACUAUAAUCCAUCAGUCUGAAGGUUACUGACUUACCAAGAUAGGUGGAGAGUCAAGUGGGUGUAGCAGCCAGUGUCAACCCUUUAUAAGCCUUUCUAAUUAGCUGAUGGUUUGCAUUUCUUUUUAACUGUGACUGUGCCUGGUAAAGAAAAGAGUAAUGAUGGUGAUAGUUAGAAGCUGUAAACAAUUAUGGCGGUGUAAAUAAUUUUCAUGUAAGUUAGAUUUAAUGUUUCCUUGUUGUUAUACAUUGUUAAAUUACAGUCUUUAUAAUAUUUAAUGUGUGUGUGUGCGCAUGUGUGUGUGUGUGUAGACUAGAUAUUUAGGAGAAAUAGAAAGUAUGAAUCAAACUAUUCUUUCCCCAGUUCCUUCUGUCAUGAAGAUGCAGAAACUUUAAAAAAUCAUCUGUUGUAAGAAGGAUAGUGGUGUUAGUAACGAGUUCCAUUGCUUGUACAUAUUGUUUCUCUUAAGUAUUGUCAUGAUGAAAGAAUCUGUGAUAUGUUUUAGUAGUUUUAUCUGUGUCAUAUUACCAUGGCAGGAUUACAUUGUCAGGAUAAGUAAUUUAUCAUCAGCAAUAUUUCUUUCCACAGUGUAAGCUUGGUGUGCAAUUUACAAUUUAGGCAUGCACGGUUGUAAUGACUCAAGUGAUUGUUUUUAGAGGUGCAGGCAUAAAGAUAAGUCAACAUUCAGCUGUAGAUGAUUUGGGAGCAACAAAUUUCAACUGCUUAUUAGACCUUACCAAUAUUUGCAGAAGGGAACAAAUAACAUGAGUAAGGAAACCAAACUGAAAUAUGUAGUGCUGGCAGCUGUGGUUAGGUGGCAGUGGCACUUAAGCCCGUACUACUGUCCAUGCCUUAGUUGUAACCAUAGAAAGUAGGAAAGUAGAAGGUGCAAAGAACUUUCUCAAGAUAUAAUCUAUAAAAGUUAUUGUUAAAGGAUGUGUAAAGUAAUGUUGACUUGUAUGAGAUUCUAUAUAAUUCAUUAAAGUAUCAGUAUUUUAGUUCUGUUUAGAGACGAUGUAAAUAUUAAUAAUUUAACCUUUAAGAAUCUAUCAUUUCGUCACUAUCCUCUGGUUGAAUAGAAUAUGAACCCAAGGAACAUUAGCCAUAAAUUCUCAUGACAGUAUUCAGACUCACUUUAAAAUAUCUAUGAAUACAUGUCUUCAUUUCAUCAUUAAUUGACCCACUUCCUUUACAUGUAACACAAAGGAAAGGCAACAUUUUACAUUAAUACAGCCUAACUUUUC